CAGAGUACAGUGUAAAACAGAGCAAACGCUAAAGAAACAAAAAAUGGAUUCGUCUUCUUCCUCCUCCUCCUUCUAUCUUCAAAACUCAGACUUCUCUUUCGAAACGCCGGAGUGUUUCCAGUGGGACUACCGGAGUUUCGACGCCUCCCUGCCGUUCAACGUGAACGACUCCGAGGAAAUGCUCCUCUUCGGAGUCCUAGCGGAGGCGGCGCAGGAAACCUCGGAGACAAAUUCCUCGGACACAAUUAUCGUCAAGGAAGAAGAAGUGACCUCGGAGAAAUCGAAGAAGGAGAAGCCGUACCGAGGGGUGAGGCGGCGGCCGUGGGGAAAAUUCGCGGCGGAGAUAAGGGAUUCGACGAGGAACGGGAUUAGAGUGUGGCUUGGGACGUUCGAUAGCGCGGAGGCCGCCGCCUUGGCUUAUGACCAGGCGGCGUUCUCGAUGAGAGGGUCGGCGGCGAUCUUGAAUUUUCCGGUGGAUACCGUCCGGGAGUCGCUCCGGGAAAUGAGGUGCCCGGUGGAGGAGGGGUGUUCUCCGGUCAUGGCGCUCAAGAAGAAACACUCGAUUAGGAAGAAAAGUUGCAAAAAGAGUUGCAAUAGUAGGGAAAUAAAGGUGGAAAAUUUAUUGGUUUUUGAAGACUUAGGGGCAGAUUAUUUGGAACAACUUUUGAGUUCAAGUACUCCUAUUUCUACUUCUACUAAUCCUUGGUAAAUCCAACCUAAAGGUUUAGCCAUUUUCAUUAUAAAAAAAAUGUUUAUCUUUGUUUAUUUUAUUUGUUUUCUUUUUUUAUUUGUAUUUUCUUUUGUAUCUUUAAGUUUUCAACAUCUGGUUGAGGAAUAUUAGCUACUAGAUAUGAGUUGGGUGGGAAGGCGGAUUUGAGUUGCUUAAACUGUUUCAGAACAGAGCUCAUUAUAUUAGUUUUAUUUUGAUAGAUAUGAAAGCUCAAACCAGAAUUCAUCCAUUCGAAGGAAGUGGAUGAUCUUUAUUACCAACUCAGCCAAGUCCUAAUUGUAUUUCUCUUUAUUUUGAUGGGAUAUAAUCUUUGUAUUUUUUUUUUUUUGGUUAAAAAGAAAGAGAAAAUGUUGAUAAUGGA